GGUGUGUUUCAGGGCGUCGAGCGCAUUGAUGAGCCGGGGCUGAAGAGUCUGCGGAUGGGCCGUGUGGUGCAGGAGCGCAUGGUCCUCACGGUGGAGCUGGGGAUCUACUUCAUCAACCACCUGCUGGAUAACGCUCUGAAAUCAGCGACGCAGUGCGGCUUCAUCAACAACGACGUCCUGACACGCUUCCGCGGCUUCGGCGGGGUGCGUAUUGAGGAUGAUAUCUCUGUGACGGCUGACGGCGUGGAGCUGCUGACCUGCGUCCCUCGAACCGUGGAGGAGAUCGAGGCCUUCAUGGAGGAUCAGACACCCAAAGCCUUCAGUCCCAUCAGCAGCCAGAAACUCUGAAGAGAUCAUGAUGAUGAUGACGAUCUAAAGAAACAAGCAUCUUUGAUAUCUGACUCUACAAAGGGAGAUCAGUCAGCCAUUAAUCAGAUUGCAGAUGAAUUACAGGAUCAUUUAUGCUUUCAUGUAGCAGCCGUGUAACAUUUUCUGCUUU